UUUUUGAGGCUGAGCUGCGGCGGCGCGAGGUUUGUGUUCAGAGGGAGAGUUUUCAAAGAUAGCUUACCAGUCUGAUUUGAGAACAACAGAUCUUCACGUUCGCUACUAUGUUUGCAUUUUUAUCAGGAUUUUAUGGCGGGAUGACAGACCCCUACACACCACAAUGAUCUGUCGUCAAAGCUUUGACUUGGUCUGGGAUCUCGUACGAUGGACGCGUCUUCCAGAAACAUGUUCGAUACCUUGAAAGAUCACAUAUGGGACAACCUCAGGCAGCUCGACCCUGACUGGUUCAACGCGCUCGCGGUGAAAGCGUCUAACGAAGAGAAUAACCGAACCGGACUGAACCAACCGAGACCCGCUCACGGGGGGGAGGGCUUCAAAACACCAUUCGGCAAGAAUGCAUUAGACAGCCAACCUUUCUCCACCCCCAAGAUAUUCAGACACAGCAGGAGUUUACUAUCCCCUGACCCGCAACAUGAUGGAUCGUUUAUUGAACAAGGGAAGGAGCCUCUUCCAUGGGCUGCUAUGGGGACUGGACUGCAGGGGACGUCCGCAGAACGUUCCUGCUCCAGUACCUCCGUGACCAAACUGUUCCGGAACAGGAACCAUCCAAACCACUUUGAACUACUGGACACACCCCAGCGAACCCUGAAAAUGAUGGAGAGUCUUGGGGCCGAGGUGAACCCUGACGUGUCCUGGACCAGCUCCCUCAACACCCCACCUAACGUCCCCUCGACCCUCAUUCUGUCUAAAAACGAGGUGAUGUCCUCUCUUGAAAGCACGUCCGACGACAAAAAUAUCGUUUUUGUCCGGAAGCUCUUCCCGUCUCUAGCGGACGCAUCUGGAGUCAACGUACAAUCGCCCUCCAAGAACCCCAAACCCAACACCCCGCAAACUGUGGUCGGUGGUCGAGAUGCCAGCCAGGAGGGAACGUCGUCGGACUCCAUGCAUUCCUCCCUGGACCAGGGCGACGAACAGUGGAGGCAGACCCUCCCCGACGCCAUCCUGGACAAAGAGCUCCGCGACGCGGUGGCCGGCGUCCUGGACGGCGCGGAGAACGUCCUCUCCGUGUUCUUCACCAACAGCAGCUCGACUCUCAGGCGGGUCAAAAGCAAGGAGCGGAUCAAACGGAGGCAGAAGGGGCGGACUCGGCACGCCAGGCGGGUCUCCGUGGAAAGGCUUGCAGAGACUGUCGGGAUAACCGAGGGGGAUGAGAAGCUGGAGGGGACCGAUCUCUGCCCUCCGGCCCCUUCUACUCCCCCCGCUCAGAGAGAGACUAGCGGUGGGGCUGGUGCAGACAGUCAGUGGUCUCCGAUCAGUCUGACAGAGAUCACAGAGGCUGGUUUGGAUAGUUCAGUUGACAAUCUUGGAAAACAACAAGAACCGGAAUCCGGACAUUUUACAGGAAAAACUGAAUGCAUGUUGGAUCCUUCUAAAGUAACGUUGCAAACGUUGAAUGCAGCAGACUCUCUUUUUAGCAAGAAAAAAAGACAGUUUGUUUAUAACGUUCACAGUCCUCUACCUAGAGGGAAGGAAGAACACAAGCCAACUCAGAAAGCACAACAAUCUAAGCUCAUCUCUGAUCAAGAACCGUGUGUGCAUCGGCAGGAGCCAACAGCUGAUGUUCCACCCAGCGUCCAGGGCCCUUUGGGGGGAUGUGGUCCAGUUCCUUCUGCAGCGACGGGGACCAGUCAGGAUCUGGACAUGUCCCAGCUCUGCAGAGCCUUAGACCAGGAUUUCACUCAAAUGACAGAGGUUGUAAAAACACAACAAGAUCUCUUCUCCCCCUCCACCUGUCUGUUACUGGUCAAGGAAAGGAACAAGAAAAUAUUUACCGAUGGGGAGGCAAGCCGGAGGGAGACUGUCUGUCCCCGCGCCGAUAAAGGGCCAGAGCUGACGGGCUAUCGGAGCAACUCCUACGUAGUGCCUGACAGUGGCAUCCUGUCUUGUGCUACCGAUCACCAAAAACUGUGCCGAACGUCUUCCCCUGUUCCCUCCAUAGUCCCUAAGCAAUCGUUCCAUGGUGCAAACUCUACAGGGACCAAAAAGAGUCUUGUUCCUUUUACCCCUCUAAGCGCAGAGAAGGAAAGAAGUCUUUAUGACGAAAUGGAGGAGGAUCCACCCGAGUUAAAUCAGUCCGUCCAAUCCCACUCGAUAUCUGGCAUUGAACCAUUGAUUGAAGAGGUCAUCGGGCCUCAAGGAGACCUUGGUGGAGAUGUUUAUACUGAACGCAAUACUGAAGGUCAGGCCACUAUGAAGGAGCAAUACGGGUUAGGAUUUCUUCCUUCGACAAGCGGGUCAUCCGGAUUCAAAACGGCUUCAAAUAAGGGGAUUCCGAUUUCUUCAGUGAAUCUGCAGAAAGCCAGGGAUAUCUUUAAAGAGGUUGAGGAGGUAAGCUUUCCAAAUGUUCCGCUCACCAGAAAUGACGAAUCCACAAGGAACGACAUGAACAAGUCCAUCCUACAAAAUGAUGUCUUAGUUUCAGCCAUUCCAGCCGUCCCAGCCUCGGCCCAAGCCCCCGCCCCAGCCUUCGUCCCGGCAGUUUUAGGUGAGAAAAGUGUUUGUAAUCAACACCGUUUGACUGCGUCACAGAAAGCCCAUGUCACAGAGCUGUGUAGCCUUUUAGAGGAAACACACACCCAGUAUGAUUUCACUCCGUUCAAACCUGCAGAGCUGAACGUAACUCAUCAAGAAGUGGAUCUCUCCCCCAAAGCGACAGAUGCAGAAUUAGACCCAGACUCUCUUGUCGGUAUAGUUUUUGAUGACAGUUUUAGCUUCGAUGCUGAAAAGCAUCUCGAUGAAAACGUCCAAAUUCCUCUAGGAUGCAGCAACCACAUGGUUUCAACUUUGGACAAUGAAUCAGUUAUUCCCCUGAAAAAGAAUGAAACGUCCACCCCUAUCAAUGUACACAUCACCAAACGAAAAGCCACUCUCAAAGCCGUUGAUGUGUCAAAUGGGCAUGAAAAUAAUACCACUAGUUACACUAAAUUACCCAAUCAUCAGGAGAAAUAUCCCUUGAUGUGUAACCUAGGCUUUCAAACUGCUGGUGGUAAGUCCUUCAGUGUUUCAAAGAAGUGUUUGAGCAAAGCCAAAGCUUUGUUUUCAGACCUAGAGGACAGUUAUUUACCAUUCACAGACACUGCUGAUGGCUCCCGUCAUGUAUCGGUAAACAGUGGCACUGCUUCCACUCACCAACAGAUACCUAACCGUAACUCGCACAAUAUUGCUUCUGGUGUGGGAACUAGCAACAAUCUCCAUCUUGAUAGCCCGGUUUCUAACACCGUAAACAGCGGUGAAAAGGUCUCCAUCACUGGGACACCCUUUUGUCCAAGCAUCUCAAGUGAUAAACCUACAGCUGAAAAACCCGGAUGUGAGAAUAGUCAAUUUCAUAAUGCUAAAGUUAGUGAACUGAAGGGAGGUUUCUCGACGGCCAGUGGGAGAGGCAUUACCAUGUCAGCACGAGCUAUCAAAGCAGCAAGCAGUUUCUUCAAAGAUUUGGAUGCUAUGGUAAACCAGGAUGAUGCUCCACCUCAACAUCGGAAGUGUAACACAGUAAUGGUGAACGAAAAGGAAAGCGACUGCAGCCUUAAAAAGGAAACUUUCACAGAACCUGAGCAGAGGUACCGUGAAAUAGCAAGCGCUUGUGUCGUGCCUUCUGCAUCCUUGGCAACAAAGAGCGAUGAUGACAACCAAACGUAUAACGGUGGUUUCAAGACACCAAUGGCGACGGACGUUGUUUCUAUCCCCAGGAGAGCACCUCUGAAGGAGCAGUCGGGGUCUGUAUCCUCAGCCUCUGCCACGCUGGUUGUUGGAUCUUACCGUCACGGUGGUUUCUCCACAGCAAGUGGGAAGAAAGUUUCUGUGACGGGUGAAGCACUGGCAAAAGCCCAAACUCUUCUGAAUGAAUGUGAUUUGGUAGAAGAAGUAAAACUGAACGUUGAUGCUUCAACAGCACGCUCUCUUCCCACUCCAUCUCCAAAAGAGGAUUGUUUUAAGCCGGGUGCUAUAAGAAGGUCCACUUUGACCGCAAAGUGUCCUUGCCCUUCCUCUUCAGAGAAUGUUGGCCCCAGUGUGGUUAGUGAGUCAGGUAGUGCUAGGGGUUUCUCUACGGCCAGUGGGAACAUGGUGUCAGUGUCUGACAAGGCCCUGACCAAAGCCAGUUCUCUGCUGAACGAGAAUUUAACCGACAAAGAAAAACAACAAGCUGCUCUAACAGGAAACCAUCAGGGCCAAUCUCCGAAUCCGAUUCUACUGAAACCAAGGGGUGGAUUUCAGACCGCCAGUGGUAAAGGAGUGGCCAUUUCAGCUGCCGCUCUGCAAAAGGCGAAAGCAAUGAUGAGCGAUUGUGAUGCCCCUCCAACAGCAGACAAUCAGGGCCAAUCUCUGAAUCCUAUCCCAGGUGGAUUCCAUACCGCCAGUGGUAAAGGAGUGGCCGUUUCAGCUGCCGCACUCCAAAAGGCGAAAGCAAUGAUGAGCGAUUGCGAUGCCCCUCCAACAGCAGACCAUCAGGGCCAAUCUCCGAAUCCCAUCCCAGGUGGAUUCCAUACCGCCAGUGGUAAAGGAGUGGCCGUUUCAGCUGCCGCACUCCAAAAGGCGAAAGCAAUGAUGAGCGAUUGCGAUGCCCCUCCAACAGCAGACCAUCAGGGCCAAUCUCCGAAUCCUAUCCCAGGUGGAUUCCAUACCGCCAGUGGUAAAGGAGUGGCCGUUUCAGCUGCCGCACUCCAAAAGGCGAAAGCAAUGAUGAGCGAUUGCGAUGCCACUAUGGAGGCCCCCGCCCAUUCCAAUGGGCCGACCAAAGCUCCAAGACCUGGCAGUGGUUUUCACGCAGCCACCGGUAAACCCGUACAGGUGUCGUCCGAGGCCCUGCAGAAGGCUAGAUCAGUCUUUGACGACUUAAGUUACGACGCCGAGACCGUUGCCCCCUCGACGUCAACGGAGGAAAAAUUCAGAGAAUGUCCAAGGAAUCUUGAAGGAAUGAAGUUGAGCUUCACCACUGCAAAGGGCGCAAUAGUCCAGGACUCUGAGGACAAUCUUUUAAAGGCGAAGAACCGUUUGAAUGUAGAAGAAGAGAGUGUUUGUUCUAUGUCUGGUGCUAACUCUCACUUGGAAGAUAAUAAUGAGCUAGAGAUGCUAGAUGUUAACACAACAUUACUGAACACGGAUAAUCGGAGAACUGAGAAGCAAACGACUCCCAGAGAAAGAAAUGCUUUCACUUCUACGUGUGAAGAUCUGGAAGGUGAUGCUCAGAGUGCUGAUACGAGUGCUUCAGUGGAAGGUCGGAUACUGUGUGCUCCAAUGGUGUCAGAGAAGAUGACGGUCCAAUCAUAUGGUCCGGUCAAUAUAGCGGGAGAAACGGCCAACGCAACAGGGAAGAGAUCCAUAGAUGAUGCAGAUUUGACUGACCAACCUCCGCUAAAGAGGCGGUUAUUGGAAGAGUUUGAUCGUGCUGUGAAUGGAGAUAGGGCAAGGACCCUGCUGCCUGCUAAAUGUUCUCCCCAGGGUUUUCUUAACGACAGGAGGGUUUUCAAGUACAAGGUCUCCCUGGAGCCACACAUCACCGGGCCACACAGGGAUGGGAAGAGCUUUGUGGUCUACGCCAAUCCGAAGCCCCCCCCAGGCCCGGCUCCCAUUCCCGCCGCCACCCCCGGCCCCCUGGCCUCGGGCUCCAGAGUUCCGGUCUUCGUCCCCCCGUUCCUAAAGAGGAGGAGAACCGACACCCCCCAGUCCAACCCGGACCCCCAAGGCACGACCAGGGCCAGGACCCCUGCUGUGUUCAUCCCUCCCUUCAAGAAACCCCUACAACCCCCCACACCUCUUCCUCUCCCUCUCCCUCCUUCUUCACCGACACCGGCUGAAACCAGCCCGUACGUCCGACCGGCGACCAUAACGACCAAAGGCACUGCGAUGGUAACGGUGACCCACGGAGAAGGAAGAGGGAGCGGUUGUCAUGACAGCGAGGCAGAUGGCGUCCCAGGGGAGUCUGCUGCCACGGCCUGUGACCCGGCAACUAGAAACCUGGACGUGGAGCAGGACCCGGUGGACCCUGAUGGCCUCCGGGACCUCCGGCUCGCGCGGGACCUCCAGGACAUGAGGCUCAGGAAGAAGAAGCGCCAGACCGUGCGUCCGCUCCCUGGGAGCCUGUUCCUGGCCAAGGCCUCGGGCGGGGCCAGGAUCCCGCUCCGGGCCGCCGUCUGCGGGCUCCCUCCCGGCCGCCACUCCCCCCAGCAGCUGUACCAACAUGGAGUCCACCAGCCGGUGUGGACGGUGACGGCGGAGAACGCUGAGUCCUUCCGGCUCUCCUUCCGGAGGUUCUUCAGGUGGGGAUCGCUCGGUGAGCAGGGGGGGGUCCAGCUGGCGGACGGAGGCUGGCUGGUCCCCCGCGAUGACUGGACCCUGGGCAAGGAGGAGUUCUACAGGGCUCUGUGUGACAGCCCGGGGGUGGAUGUGAAGCUGCUGAGCCAGGAGUGGGCGUACAACCACUACCGCUGGGUGGUCUGGAAGCUAGCCUCCAUGGAGAGAUCCUUCCCUUUGACCAUGGCAAGCCUCUGGCUGAACCCAGAACAGAUUCUCCUCCAGCUCAAAUACCGCUACGACGUGGAGGUGGACCACAGCCGGCGCCCGGCCUUGAGGAAGAUCACGGAGCGGGACGACGCGGCCGCCAAGACCCUGGUCCUCUGUGUCUGUGGGGUGGUCCGCACGGGACCGGACCCCGGCGCUCCCAACGGGCCUGCCGACCAGCAGACCCCCAAGGCCGAGUCCCACGCCCCUCCCCCGGGCGUGGUGUGGCUGACGGACGGCUGGUACGCCAUCAAAGCCCAGCUGGACGCCCCGCUGACGGCGAUGCUGCGGCGCGGGCGCCUGGAGCCGGGCGGGAAGCUGGUGGUGUAUGGAGCCGAGCUGGUGGGCUCCCAGGAUGGCUGCUCCCCCCUCGAGGCCCCCGAGGGCCUCAUGUUGAAGAUCGGGGCCAACAGCUGCAGACGGGCCCGUUGGGACGCUAAGCUGGGCUUCCAGCGCGACCCCCGCCCCUUCCUGCUGCGCCUGUCCUCUCUGUUCAGCACCGGGGGGGCCGUCGGCUGCGUAGACCUCCUCAUACUCAGGAGCUACCCCGUCCUGUGGAUGGAGAAGAAGCAAGAUGGCGUCUUUGUGUUCCGUAGCGGGCGAGCAGAAGAGCGCGAGGCUCGGAGGUUCGACGACCACAACAAUAAAACCAUGGAGGCCCUCUACGCCAAGAUCCAGGCGGACAUCCAGAGAGAGGACAAAGGUACCGACCCGCCCGCUCGGAGGAGGACUCUGAGGCAGAAGGACGUGGAGAAGUUGAGCGAUGGAGAGGAGCUUUACGAGGCGUUCGAGAACGACCCUGCUUACCUGGAGGCGUGUUUGAAUGAUCAGCAGCUGGAGGUCCUUCAGAGCUACCGGCGCUCUGUCCUGGAGAAGCGGCAGGCCGGGCUGCAGGAGCGCUGCAGACGUGCCCUGGAGCAAGCCCAGGAGAGCCAGGGAGGCUGUCCCCGACGAGACGUCACCCCUGUCUGGAAGCUGUGUGUCGUAGAUGCCCGGGCGCCACCCGGCGACUCUGUCUACAUGUUGAACGUGUGGAGGCCUCCAGCUGACCUGCAGGCUCAGCUGAAGGAGGGCGCUCGGUACCGCGUCUACAACCUCUCCGUCACCGCUGGCAAAAAGCGUAACCCUGGGGCGUCUGUCCAGCUGACCGCCACCAGCAAGACACACUUCCAGGAAGUACAGGUGGGCCAGGACUGGCUGUCGGAUCAUUUCCAGGCCAGACAGGCGGUCCACUUCCAGGAGCUCCAGCGCCCAGAGGUGCAGAGCGCCUGUGGGGAGGUGGACCUGGUGGGAUACGUCGUCACCACCGCAGACACGCACGGUACCUCCCCGGUGGUGUACCUGGUGGACGGGGACCUGAACCUGGUGAAGGUCCGCUGCUUCUCCUCCCUCCUCCAGUGGGGCCUGGAGGAGCUGGUGAAGCCAGCCACGCUGCUGGCUCUGAGCAACCUGCAGCUCAGCGCCCGGCGUGCCACGACACUUCCGGUCCUGUACGCCAGCGACCUCACCGCCUUCUCCUCCAACCCCCGCGAAGCCCACCUGCAAAGCGCCCUCGCACAGCUGAGAACGCAGACCCGGGCUCAGGACGGGUUCCUCCAGCGAGCUCAGGAGACGCUCAGCUGCUGGAACCAGGGAGAGGACGCAGCCGCGGGCUCUUCGCCCUGGUCGAACCGGCCCAGAACCCCGGCCAUUCCAACAGCCCCGGGUCGACCAAGCCCUGCAGUCUGCGUGACUCCCCAUCAGCCAACCAGGCUCUUCUCCGCCACCUCGUCCUCCACUCCCCAGACCGACAACCCUCCUCCUCCCCCGACUAGCGACCCUAAGACCCUGCGUCGCAGGAGAGCUCUGGACUAUCUGUCUCGCAUGCCAUCACCCCCGCCGCUCGGCCCCCUGGGAAGUCUGGCGUCACCCGCCUGCGUCAAAAAGACCUUCAACCCCCCACGCAGGUCCACAACGCCGGCCGCCGUUGCAACGACGAGACACGUGGUCGCCGUGGAAACGACGAGACACGUGGUCGCCGUGGAAACGACGACCCCAGCUCCACGGACCACGGGUCGGACCAUGAAGGAGCAGGAGGAGGAGUGGGAGAACGAUGAAGGACUAGCGCAGAUUGACACGCAGGUCCUGCAUGGUGGAGGUGAGGCCUCCUGACCAGUAGGGGGCAGCACUCCGGUCGUUCCGCUGCUUAGACCCGUUGGAAAAACUUGUUUUGUUCUUGUUGCACUGGAAUCAUUGACUGACGGUUAGAGUGAAUGCCACUCACUGCAUUGAGGUCCCAAACAAGUUGUUAUCGAUCGAUAAAUCAGGGGAUGAGUUGCUAUAAAUCACCUUUGGUUGGUGUCAAUUCUUGAAUAUUUAUAUUUUGGUCAAACUGUAAGAUAAUAAAAACAUUUUUGAUGAA